UUUAAUUCACCAGUUAAGUCAUGUUAAUGCAAUGAAUGCCAUCAAGUGCAAACGAGUCAUUACUCGAUUUCAAUGUAAAAAAUUAGUUCCUAGAGUAACGAAAUUACGCAACAAAAUUUUAUUGAUUAUUAUGUUAACAAUAUUCUUAUUGAUGUUUGGAAAUGAAAGAAAUAAAAUUUAUAAAAGUCAGGGACGAUUAUCCAGUAAGAGCGAGCAGUUGAUUGAAUACAGAGGAAAAAUUAUUUCAACAGAGUUUGAACGCUUUUAUAUGAACGUAUCAUCCGAUAAACUGAUGGACCCUCUUAUUCACAAACACCAAUAUCGAACGCUACUUAAUACUGGUAAGGAGUGUAAAGAAAAACACAAAUUUAUAUUAGUACUUAUUUAUUCGUCUACAUAUAAAUUUGACGAACGUCACAUAAUGAGGAAUACUUUUGGAUCGAUCUCGAAUUUUGCAAAGAGAGAUAUUGUAUAUGACUUUGUGCUAGGGCAAACCUCUGAUAAUAUUCUUCAAGCAAAAAUUGAAAAGGAAAGUGUCAGAUACAGGGAUAUCAUACAAGGAAAUUUUAUUGACAGCUACCAAAAUUUAACAUAUAAAAGAGUAUUUAGCUUGUUCUGGGUAAAUAAAUUCUGUAAAGAUGCGACUUUUGUUAUCAAAAUCGACGAUGAUAUCACUAUAAACAUUCCUUUACUAAUUCCUUAUCUUAAUAAUAAGCUCAACAAUAACAUAACAAAUGUUUUAGAAUGUUUUACAAUUUUGGAAGCUAGACCACAUCGUGAACCUGGCAGCAAGUGGUAUACGCCUCUCUCUGAUUAUCCGUUUCCAACGUUUCCACCUUAUUGUGCAGGACAUUCCUCCAUCAUGUCUAUUGAUGUAGUUAAACGAAUGUAUAAAACGACAAGUAUUGUCCCUUAUUUGUGGCUAGAAGAUGUUUACGGAAGUGGAUUUAUUCCCUGGGUUUUAAACAUUGAAAUAGUACGACCGAAUUGUUAUGUCAAGGAUGUGCAUCAAAGUUUCAAUGAAAAACCAUGUCAUUUGUUUUACAUAAAUAUUUUACAGAAUGAUGAUGAUGGAUCGCUAUUUAACGUCCGGCGUUUAAAGAAUGAAAAUGACUCAUAUAAAAUGUGGAAGACUAUAAAAACAAGUAGCAAGUCCAAGCAAAACCAUACAUGCAUGUGUUGGUAAAUUAAUAUUUCAAUAUAAGCAUCAGUUAAAUUACCAUCCCCCCGGUAAAAAAAAAACCAACAAAAAUUAAAAAAAAAACAAAUGAAAUAUAAAGAAAAUCUAAAAUAAGAAAAUAACAUAUGGACAUAUGUAUUUAUUAAGUUUUCUUUAUAAUGUCUCGGACUUCCUUUAAACCGAGUUUUACUGAGCGUAUUACUGUGUGUUUGUUUAUUUUACAUUGACUAGAUGUAUAGGGGAGGGUCGAGAUCUCACAAAACAUGUUAACCACGCCGCAUUUUUGCGCCUGUCCCAAGUGAGGAACCUUUGUAUGUUUUUUUAAUUUUAGUUCAUUUAUAUGUUUCGGAGUUUAGUGUGACGUCUAUUUUCAUUGAACUAGUACACAUUUUUGUUUAGGGGCCAGCUGAAGCCCGCCUCCGGGUGCGGGAUUUUCUCGCUGUGUUGAAGACCCAUUGGUGGCCUUGGCCUGUUUUCUGCUCUUUAGUCGGGUUGUUGAUUCUUUGACACAUUCCCCAUCUACAUUCUCAAUUUUGUUAUGACGUAUAUUGUAAAAUCUGAUCUGUUAUUUGAACAUUCAAACUAGAAGAUUCUGUACUAAGCUUAUUGUUAACUCUGCUUACAUUUCAUGACUCAAUAAAUGUUUAAUCAAAAACUUACCCUUUCUUUCUGAUAUUUGGACCUCGUACAUGUCGUAGCUAAUGAACACAAAUAAGAAAAAUUCAAACACAAAGCAUAACAACUAAGAUUAUAAAUCUAAUAAGACAAAGACAAUUGUUUUGACGUAAUCGUUGUCAUAACGAUAUUAUUUCAUCUUAUUCGUACAUACUUUUGUGUAUCUAUCUAAGCAAAAAUCUGCAGACUUGCAUAUUUACAUGUGUACAUGUUUGUGUUGUUUCGUCAAUUUUAGACGAUCCAAUACCUUUUAAACGGGCUGUUUUCCUCCGACUUUAUAUACUCCCUGUUAAAAAAAGAUGCAUAAGUGUUUGAAGUAGAACCCAACAAUGUAAGAUUUGCAAAUUUGCAGAAUUCGAAAAUACGACUUAUGACAUCAGUGACAUUGUUGCAUUACUAUACGCACUGUGUCAAACACCCUAGACUGUUCAGCCAUUUACUCCAUAUGCAAAUAAGUUUCGCUAGUGGAGUUAUCACUUUACUGUUCUGCUUUUUCUACGGUAUUUACUCAGUUGUGAUGUAUUGUAACACGUAUGGGUGAACCAUGCAUUUCUGCUGUUGUUGAGAAGGAUGAAUAAUAAUUACAAUGCAAUGAAAUCCGUAUUAAUUCGCUUAUUUACGUCUAAAUAUUUGACGACUAAACGAUAAUAAUGGCUGUGCGUUUCAAAAGAAGGAUCCGCUAGAUCUGAAUAUAUGAUUAUUCGGAUGUGACAUAUUAAUAACAUAUUGAAGUAGAUGUUUUGCAUGCGUCGUUAAUCAAUUUACCUUGUCGAUUGUAGGAAGUCCAUAAAGAUUACUGGUUUUACAUCUGGAAUUUGUGUAAUAAUCACGUUAUUUUUCAUAAUAAGUGACUAAAUGCUAUACUUUAAUUACUUAUUUACGACUGAUUUUUCCUUAUAGUACCUAAUAAUAAGCUAUUAACAAUUUCAAUAUUAUACUUUAGAUCCUUAAUGACUUCUGCACUACUGUGUCUGCAUCUUUAAUCAUGUCUGUAUUGUUUUUGAAAUGUAUUUGGUCUAGACUGCGGACUUUGUAUUUCAUUAUACAGAAUGCUGAGUAUAUACUCAUAAAAUCAUCUAGCGUUUUGUUUCUUCCUUUGGAUAGUUUAUAAGUACUUUGAAUACGGCCAAUAGAUUAAUUUCUGUCCUCUUAAUCAAAAGUCAUUCUUUUUAACGUAAUUAUCGACAGAAAUUCGAAAUGUCAUAGUUAUCUAAUUAUAUUUGUUAUAGUUUGCCGUUUGUGGGUUGAAUUUUAUUUCAUUUCCUCCGAAAUAAAUGAAUCUGCUGUGUUGAUAGUGGUUGGUUAGAAAACUGAUCUUUUUUCGAUAUUGCACAUUUGGUUUGUGCUCUCGAGUGUCCAGGUGUCUCUGACCUGGUUCUAAAAAAAAAAACGUUCUCUUAAUGUCUGUUUGGUAUAUUAGUAUUUUGGUAAUUAUUUUGACUGCCUGUAUUUUGGUCCUGUUCAUUCAAUUCCUUGUGGAAAGUGUUGCUGGUUCUGUCUAAAAGUACUUGUUUGAUUUUGCUUCCUAAUAUCCUUCAUAUAUCUGUUUCGCAGAUUCUGGAAAAUAUAUCGACUAUGUGCUGAUGUACUACGGCUUCUUUCGUUAAAUCUGAUUUCUUGUCCGAAACAUCCCAAUUUUAAGUAUUUGAUUUGGUACUUCUUCUGGUAAUCGACCAUUCCGAUUGGUGCUAUUUUUAAACUUGGGCAUACGAUUUGUUUUCUGUACAAACACAAAGCAUGACAACUUAGAUUAUAAAUCUAAUAAGACAAAGGCCAUUUUUGUGACGAAAUCGUUGUCAUUACGAUAGUAUUUCAUCUUAUUCGUACAUACUUAUCGUUUAUCUAUAGCUAAGCAAAAAUCUGCAGACUUGCAUAUUUACAUAUGUCCAUGUUUGUGUUGUUCCGUUAAUUUUAGAUUGAUUACCAUACGUUUCUGGGAAAUGGGGUUAAAUGCAAAACUUAACCGGAUAGGAAUGUACGUACGUACGGACGGACAAAGGAAAUAUAUAUAUGAAUAUGAUAAAAUAUUGGAUUCAUCUUAUGAAAGAAAUUGAAUCUUCAAAUAAUAUGCUACGGGAGGCCAUAAAUCUAUCCCAGUCUAUGAACAAAUCAAACCAGGAAUCUUGGAUAGGAAACAUUAGACAUAUAUUUGAAUUCCUAGAUUUAGACUAUCUAUUUGUAAACCAGUCAAACUUGAAACAAAACCAUAUAUUAAAAAAAAAUAUUCUCUAACAAUAAAAUUUAAAGAAAUUUGGGUAGCUAGUUUAGAAAGCAAUUCUGGGAAGAGUACCAAUAUACAGUCAAGCAAUAAAUUACAGAAAAUUAAAAAAUAUUUUUAUGUUUGAACCAUAUUUAAGAAUUAAUCAAAAAAAAUACAGGCAAGUAAUUACAAGAUUUAGAACUGGCUGUCAUCACCUUGAAAUUGAAAGAGGGAGGUAUAUUGGUAUGAAAGCUAAAGACAGAAAGUGUAAGCCUUGUAACAACGCAGUUGAAGAUGAACUACAUUUUUUUUAAAUGUCCUAUUCUGAAAGAUAUAAGAUCUCAACAUCUGUCUAAUUUGAAUUCUAAAUUCAAAUAUUUUUCAAAGUUAUCUGAUGAGAUCAAAUUUGUUUUGUACUCCCUUUUUGAAGAACGAUCGAAACUUAUCAAUGUAGUUUAAAAAAUAGAAAAAAAUAAAAAAAUCGAUCAGGAGUUGUCUCCCAUAGGCCUAGGUCUAUAAAUUGAUUAAGAAUACGUAUUUUCUCCAGGUCACAGUGGCUUCCAAAGACUUAAUGUUUUGUCAGUGACAUUCUUUUUUAUGUUACUUUAUCUAAAAGUGUAUACAUGUUUUUGUUUAAAUGUACUUUAAUCACUCUAAUCAUUCUAAUCAUUUCAUUUUGUAAUAAUUCAAUUUAUUGUAUAGCUCAAAUGUUAGGCACAAUGAUUGGUUAAUAAAAAUAUCUUAUCUUA